AUGGAGCAAAGAAAGCCAAGUGACAGCACUACAAUUGGGAAAGUAGCAGCUCAUGUCCCCGAUCUCAUCGUAUAUGGUGAUUUCUCCCAGGAGCUGCCUUUCAUUGAGAGUUUUGAUGGAGUAUUGCUUUUUGCAGACAUUUCAGGUUUUACUGCACUGACGGAGAAGUUUAGCACGGACACCAGUCUGGACUGUGGCGCUGAGCAGCUAACGCAGACCCUCAAUCAUUAUGUAGGGGAUAUUGUGGAAAAGGUGCUGAUUUAUGGAGGCGAUAUCUUGAAAUUUGCAGGGGAUGCACUGCUAGCACUGUGGAGAGUGCAACGAAGCCAGAUGAGCGAUAUCAUUACAUUGGCGCUGAAAUGUAGCCUGAGGAUCCAGAAAGAGUAUGGGGUUCGUGAAACUGAAGUGGGUCUGAAGCUCCAAGUGAAGAUAGGGCUAUCUGCAGGUCACAUCUCCAAAGUUGUUGUUGGAGACAAUAAGCACCAAUAUUUUCUGGUACUUGGCCGAGCAGUGGAUGAAGUUCGGUUGGCCCAAAACCUAGCAAAAGCAAGCGAGGUUAUUCUAUCGCCGAACUGCUGGGAACUCUGUAACAGGAACAUGAUAGAAAUAGAAACAAUUAAAGAUCAAAGAUCUGUUAAGGCUAGAUACAUAAAGAACAUCUCUGAGAUUGAGUUCGACGAGUUCUUCUGGAAAUGUACCGAAUACCUACAGCACUACCCCACGGGUGAAAAUAACAGUAUCCUCCGAGCAACCUCCACAUUGUCUCCUAAUGAUGAGUUGGAGAAGUCUCUCCGGAAGUAUGUGAUGAGAAACAUUCUGAAGAAGAUCGACGACAACCAGCCUCUAGAAUAUUUAUCUGAGCUUCGGCCGGUCACAAUUGUCUUUGUGAACCUGCAGUUUGACAAAAGCGUCAGUACCUUGGAUCUGUGCAAGGUCAUCCACGAUGUCAGUGUGAAGAUCUCAAACAUCAUCCACGUCUUCAGCGGCAAAAUCAACAAAGUCUUUAUGUUUGACAAAGGCUGCACAUUCCUGUGUGUGUUCGGGCUCCCUGGGGAUAAGCAGGCUGACGAGAGCGCCCACGCCUUGGACAGCGCAUUUAAAAUCUUCAAUUUCUGUUCUAAGAUGUCCAUGAAAAUAAAGAUAGUUUCCAUUGGGGUUACCAGCGGGUCAGUGUUCUGCGGAAUAGUUGGCCAUCAUGUAAGGCACGAAUACACAGUCAUUGGCCAGAAGGUGAAUCUCGCUGCCCGGAUGAUGAUGUAUUAUCCGGGGUUAGUGUCCUGUGAUGCAGUGACCUAUGCCAACUCCAGGCUGCCUCAUUGGUUCUUUGAAGAGCUCCCCCAGGCUGAGAUGAAAGGAGUUGUGAAUCCCGGCGUGGUCUAUCAUUAUCUUGGCAUCAGUGAGAAACCAAUGAUUGGCCAAGCGCAGCUCACCAAGGAGAGGUCUGAGUUUUACCACUUACUGGGUCGGGAAAAAGAGCUUGAAAUCUAUAACUCUUCAUUGAAAGGAUUUGUGGGGUCUACAGUAGGCCGCGUCAUAAUAUAUGAAGGCCUUAUGGGCUAUGGAAAGAGCAAGUUACUUGCUGAAAUUGCCUACUUAGGCCAGGAGGUUGGCCACAAGGUUAUUGCUAUGGAGCUGACGAAGAUAAAUGUGCAGCAGAAUUUUUUUGUCAUCCAGACACUCAUGGCCAUGUUUCUGGGGAUUGAGGCCUGUAAAUCUGAUGCUGAAAGACAGAAAAUCCUCCAAGACAAACUCCGAAGUGUGGUAGAAGAGUCCUACUAUUGCCUCCUGAAUAAUAUCUUUCUUGUCAAGUUUCCCACCUCUGCCGAGGUUUCCAAAAUGGAUCAUGAAACAAGGACAGAGGAGAUGGAACUAAUUCUUGUGAAAAUACUGCAGAAGGUAGUGGAGAAAAACAUUCUCAUUUUUGUUAUUGAUGAAGCCCACUUCAUUGAUCCUGCAUCAUGGGAAUUUCUGGACGACUUGCUCUCCAGCAUCCCUGUGUUUAUGGUCAUGUCUCUAUCUCCUCCCGGCCGCCAAGCAUGGCCUACUUGUGUCUCUGCUGCGAACAUCAUUAACAGCACAAAGAACACCUACGUUCAGCUGCGGGAGCUAAAACCCUCUGUGAUCCUGCAAAAAGCCUGCGAGGACCUUGGGGUGGUCAGCGUCUCCUGGGAGCUAGAAAUGGGGCAGGUGGUGACUUACCCACCCAUCUAUCUUCAUUAUUCCAGCCAGCUGAACACAGCUGUCACCAAUGCCAUCCCCUCCAAAACGGAAUCGCCUUCCAGCUCAGACAACGAAUUGUACAUUUGCACCAUUCGCCAGAAUGUCAAGUUGCAAAAUAUUAUGCUGCCCCCUACCUUAAAAGGCAUCGCACUGGCUGAGUUAGACAACAUGAACUCUUCGGAGCAGAUGGUAGUGAAAUGUGCGGCUAUAAUCGGGCUGACUUUCACGACUGAGUUGCUGCUCCACAUCCUUCCCGAAUGGACCAAGAGGAAGAUGAAUCAGACGCUUGCAGCCCUGGUGGAUUCCCACAUCUUCAAGUGUUUUCAUAAAAGAAAGGACUCCCAGAAAGCACAGUCACAGAAAAUGCCCUCCACAGAGUUACUUGUUUGCCCCGGGACGGUGAGACCAAUUGGACAAGUGUCAGAUAUCCGCUCUUCUGUUUAUAACCAAAUCAAGCAAGAGCAGCUGUUGAUACAAUGCGGCGUCAUGGCGUUUUGCAUGCCAAUGCUGCAGGAAGCGGCCUACGAGUGCUGGCUGAAGAGCCAGAAGAAAGCCUUACAUCUGAAGUGUGCGAGCUAUCUAGAAGGGCAGGCUCACAAAUGCAGACGCUGCGGAGAAGGGGACUUCAUUUCAUUUCACCGCCACGCCAUGGAAAUGAUGCUGGAGAGCAUCGAGUCUCAGGAAAACAUUUCUGAGCAGCACCAGGAAUACCCAUUCAGCGAAGCAGCCUCACUGAUCAUUUGCACAACCCUGAAAAGGCUUGAGGGUCCUUCAUUUGAAGGGAUGGAGAGAAAAGCUGUGACAGCCGAGGCUUCCCUAAGCAGCACGUGCUCCCCUGAAAGUGUCCAGAUGACAAGUGAAGACAUCACUACCUCUACUUUCUCCAAGAAGUUAGAGUUAUUACUUCCACAAGACAUUGAGAAAGAGACUGAAAAGGCACUAAAGAAACACAAGAUGUUGCCAGAGGCACUAAAGAAACACAAGAUGUUGCCAGAGGAAAAUCUUAAAGCUGAAGAGAUAGAGAAGGAGUUUCUGGAAAGGCUGGACGAGAUCAUUCAUCAGUCUGACAGGGAUUGGGAGAAGAUCAAGCGCUUGGGAUCCUGCGAAUGUGAAGAGAUCGUGGAGGCUGUCUUUGUGCCCCUGGCCCGGCACUGCAUGGCGAUGGGAGAAUAUGCCAGAGGCUUGUAUUACUUGUUGGAGUGUGCAGCCGCUUACUUACAUCUGUCAAACAACUACAUGGCCUUUUGCAAUUUGAAUACAGCAGAGAAUCUGAUCAAAUCGGUGGACUUCAGAGCAACUGUAAUUAACCAGUUUGAGGAAGCUACCUUCUACAGACUGAAGGGUGAGGUCUGUUAUAACAUGGGCCAAAUGAAUUUGGCAAAGAAAUUCAUCAGGAAGGCUUUGAUUUUAUUAAACAGAAGAUUCCCAUUUACCUUGAUUGGAGUCUUUUUUAAGACGCUGAUGGAAGAGUCAAAGCACACGUCUCACCAGAAGAAGCAGCAAUUCUUGUAUAGUCGCAGUAAAGGGGAGAAGAAAUUAGCUUUCCUGUACCAGCAGGGCCACUGCCUUUCCUUAUUGUGGCAACUUUUCAGCCUGGACACUGCUACAAACAGCAAGAAGUUCUGUCACCUGGCAGCACUCAUGAAGGUGAACUCAGCAGAGGAAUCAGAGGAUGAGAGCCAGAUCAUUUCAUCCUAUUCGGAAUUCUCACUCUGCUGCCAGAUGAUGGGUAACGAAGAUAAAUGGAUGAAAUAUGAGCUGAUGGCCAUCCAGCGUAGCUCUCACCUCCGGGUUAUCGGAGGAGGGCUAUUAACAACAGUUAAAUUAGCACAGUCAUUGGCCUCUAUGAAGCUCUGCUUGGGUAACCUGCCCUUAUCUAUUCAAUUAGGCUAUCGAGCCCAUGAAAUGUGUGUGCGUCUGAAGAAACCGAAGCUGGACUAUCUGGUUCUCUGCAUGCUCUUCAAAGCUCUCUUUCUGAGCACCAGGUACCAAGAUUGUGUGCAAGUACUGAGCUGGCUGGAGCAGUUGGCUGUUGUGGAGGAGACAAUCAUUGGGAUGGCUUGUUUCUUUUCUUACUGUUUAGAACUCUUGCUUUACGCUGGAUUUUCAUUUAAGUCAUUUAAAGAGUGCCUGGAAUUCAUACAACGCAAUGAAAAAAACUGCAUCCUUAUGUCUCAGAACAGCAUCAUGUUGGGGCUGUAUUCAUCCGUGGCCAUUUGGUUUGCCAGACUUCAGCAGUGGGGCAACUUCAAGGAGCCUUUUGAAAAGGCCAGAAGGUUGCUGAGAAGAACUAGCGCCUCAUUCUUUGCUACCAGUGGAUUCUGUAGAUUCUUGGAGUGUGAGAUCCUUAUGCUACGGAAACACCUUGAGGAAAGGCCUGAAUUGGUCCGGGAGACUCGUACUAAGACGCUAAAGGACUUGGACCAGGUUCUCUCUCGAUGCUCCACAAGCCCUAUCUGUUACCCUCUGGUUUACCACCUGAAAGCCUAUAUCCUCCUGGUGUUGGGCAAAGAAGAACAGAGCCAAAUCUACCUAUCCCAAGCAUUCCAACUCUGUGACGUAUAUGGAAACCUCCUGGAGAAAUCCUGGCUGGAGAUCAGCAACGAGUGGUGGUUCACUGCAAAAGGCCCCAUGGAAGACUUAUGGCUGAAGGCCGCACCGGAUUUUCACAAGUGGGAAAUAGGAAUGACAGAGAGAGACUUUCCAGAGAUCCAUAAAACCAAGUACUUGCUGCGGGUGCCAGCAUUGGAUAUUAACAAUCCUUUCCCAGAACCUGAGAUCCCCGAUGUCUGA